UCUGAUGGAAGAUUGCUCCAAGUGAGUUAGGUUUGCCUUCAGUCGACGUUCCCCAGAACUAGCUGCUUUCUGCAUGCUUUAGACUACUUGGACACAGGGGCAUUGCUGUUUGAGGAAGGCUGGGCAGCAGCCUGUGUUACCUGCCUGGGUCAGCACUGUGCGGGGCGCUACACUGAGCUGCAGGCAUGGCCUGACCCUCGUUAGAGGUCAUCGGGAGCUUCAGUGCUUAAAUCAGUCCUCACCUUGUAAUAGUUUUUACUAGAAGUUCUCCAAGUACCAACAGCCAUGGAAGUGCAGUUGGAUAACAUGAGCUGCAUUCUAUCCUGCCCUGUUCAGGUGUGAGUGACGGAAGCCAGACCGGCGUCAGCUUAGCGUCUCGGUAAGCGUCCCUCCCUUUUUAUUUGAAGCCGUUUUAUAUGCUCCUAUUGAUGAGACAAACAGCACAGCAAAGAUUGGAAAUGGAAUCGUUUUCUUCACUUUGUAUAAAAAAGAAGUGGCCAUGUGGGAGUCCCUGACUGUAGCAAAUGUUAACAAGGAGGAACUGCAACAUCUAAGAGAGAAUGCUGUUCUAAGAGCACACGAAAAGGCGAAAGAGGAGACAGAAGCAAAAAAAGUUACAAAACAGGAGCACAAGAAGUAUGCUUUGGAGGCUACAAUGAAGCUAGAAGAAGCAGAAAGAAAAAGAAUUGAAGGUCUGAAAGAACAGGAGAGACAGAAAGUUGCUAAGGAGUUGGAGCUAUGGAGAUGUCAGCAAAACAAUGUUGAGAAACAAAAGAGGGUGCAAAAUGAAGGGGAACUCCAUGAAGAAGGAGAGCAACUAAAGGAGAAGAAAGGAGAAAAAAUAAACAAAACCAGAAUUCCUAAUGAAGAAAUUUCUAAGACCAAACUCAAAGAUACAAAAGGUCGUGGCUCCUAUAGUAUCUUUUCAGAGAAUUUAAGAGAAGAGCAGUUGCCAGCUCCUCGACCUGCCGGUACUAUUAAAAUCAACUUCACAUCACGAGUUUUUCCUACAGCUCUUCGAGAGUCUCGUGUAGCAGAAGAGGAAGAGUGGCUACAAAAACAGGCAGAAGCUCGAAGGAUAAUAAAUGCUGAUUUGUCUGAGCUGGAAGAUUUAAAAGAAGAGGAGAAAAAUCCAGACUGGUUAAAGGACAAGGGAAACAAAAUGUUUGCAACAGGAGACUAUCUUGCAGCUGUAAAUGCAUAUAACCUUGCAGUCCGACUAAACAAUAAGCUUCCACUGCUGUAUUUGAAUCGUGCUGCUUGCCAUCUUAAGCUGAGAAAUUUACACAAAGCCAUUGAAGAUUCCUCUAAGGCACUAGAAUUGCUAACACCACCUGUUCCUGAUAAUGAGAACGCUCGAGUAAAAGCAUAUGUGAGACGUGGCACAGCCUUUUGUCAGCUGGAGCUGUAUGCUGAAGGUCUCCAGGAUUAUGAAGCAGCUCUCAAGAUUGAUCCUAAAAAUAAAACCAUAGAAAAAGAUGCAGAGAAGAUUCGACACACAAUUCAGGGAACAGUGCAAAAUUCUUAAAAAUAAAAAAGGAGCUUUUUGUGCCUUUUGGGGGCCUCAGAAGGAGCCUUAGUUCAUGUUCUCUUCAGUAUGUUGCUAACUAGAUUUUUUUUGUUUCACUUGGAAUACCUAUUGAAUUUAUAAAAUACUGGAUAUGAGUAGGUAUUUUUUGGCAAGCAUGGUUCUAUAACAAAUACGAUUAGAUAUACUGCAUAUCAUUUUGAUACAAGGUUGUCAAGUUUUUUUUCUGUGCUGUGUGUUGGGCUAAAGAAUAAAACAUAGCUUUUGUACUUGAUUUGAAGUUACCUACAGCCAAAUAAAUUAUUUGUCUGGAAGUA